AGAGCGCGUCGCUGCCACAGCAGCGCUUCUUCUCAAAACCCGCGGGGCAGAGCGGCUGCAGCUGCAGCUCAGACGGCUGUGUGGACCAGGCGGGCUAGCCGGGUCCUAGCCUGUCUACACAGAGGCCCCCUACAGCCUGCGGCUAGCUCCGGGAGUUCUGAGCAACCUCCCCUCCAUAGAGCAGCCUGCAGGCAGACGCCGCUGCCGUAGACAGCACCAAACUUUUUUUCCUGGAACCAGCAAGGACUCGAAGCCUCUUCCAUCUUCAGCUUGGCUGCAGAUCUCCCGAGAAAGAGGGUACGGUACGUACAGUAGCUGAUAAGAGAGUGCUCUCUCGCUCUCUCUCUUCUUACCCUGUCUAUCCCCUUCUGUAAGAUUUGAACUCCAGCGCGGACAGACCCAGUACCAGGUCAGCUUCCAGGGCGUCGAAAGUCAGGUCACCAGUGGCCUCGGACAGCUAGUGUGGACUUGAGCUUAAAAAGCCAGUCUCCAGUGCCCAGUCCGUUUGACCUGAGCUACCGAGAAAGAGAAAAGAGACCAAAAAGAAACUCAUUCCACAGCCUUUCGCUCCAGAGCUCAAGUCUGGUCAUCCGAGAGGAGGAAGACUCAGAGAAAAGCGAGGUAAAGCUGGCGAGCCUCUCUGGCUACUGUGAGGGCCUGCCCACGACGGUCAAGAUCAAAAGUUGUGAGCUCCAUAGAGCUGUGUUGGCCCAAAAAAGCCAAUUGCGGGGACCCGGGGCAGAUCCCAGAAGGAGGAGGACCAAGGCAAAAGGGAUCUGGAAGCCGAGAAGGCUGGGUACCUGGCUGCGCAGGUAGAGAGAGAGUUAGCUGGGACCCUUAGGCCUGGGAUCCGGCUUUCCGAGAGGCGUUGAGGCCCACUGUGGGUCGGACGGAGGUGGAGGAGCCGGGGAAGAUGCCACGGCCGGGGAAGAGCUCGUACAGCGAUCAAAAACCGCCCUACUCGUACAUCUCGCUGACCGCCAUGGCCAUCCAGCACUCGGCUGAGAAGAUGCUGCCUCUGAGCGACAUCUACAAGUUCAUCAUGGAGCGCUUCCCCUACUACCGGGAGCACACGCAGCGCUGGCAGAACAGUCUGCGCCACAACCUCUCCUUCAACGACUGCUUCAUCAAGAUCCCUCGGAGGCCGGACCAACCCGGGAAGGGCAGCUUCUGGGCGCUACACCCUGACUGUGGUGACAUGUUCGAGAACGGCAGCUUCCUGCGGCGCCGCAAGCGCUUCAAGGUGCUGCGCGCAGACCACGCUCACCUGCACUCAGGAAGCAGCAAGGGUGCGCCCGGCACGGGGCCCGGAGGCCACCUGCACCCCCACCAUCCCCACCACGCGCACCACCACCACCACCAUCACCACCACGCCGCACACCAUCAUCACCAUCACCACCCGCCCCAGCCGCCGCCACCGCCGCCGCACAUGGUACCCUAUUUCCACCAGCAGCCGGCUCCCGCUCCGCAGCCCCCACACCUCCCGUCGCAGCCGGCGCAGCAGCCACCGCCGCAGGCGCAGCCUCCCCAGACGUCCCAUCCCGGCAAGAUGCAGGAGGCGGCGGCGGUGGCGGCGGCGGCGGCAGCGGCGGCGGCCGCGGCGGUGGGCAGCGUGGGGCGUCUGUCUCAGUUCCCACCUUACGGGCUGGGCUCUGCAGCCGCGGCCGCCGCUGCCGCCGCCGCGACCACCACGGGCUUCAAACACCCGUUCGCCAUAGAGAACAUCAUCGGGCGGGACUACAAGGGCGUCCUGCAGGCUGGAGGCUUGCCUUUGGCGUCGGUCAUGCACCACUUGGGCUACCCCGUGCCAGGCCAGCUCGGCAACGUUGUUGGCUCCGUGUGGCCUCACGUUGGCGUGAUGGAUUCCGUGGCCGCGGCCGCCGCCGCCGCCGCCGCAGCUGGGGUCCCGGUAGGCCCGGAGUAUGGGGCAUUCGGGAUGCCAGUCAAGGCUCUGUGCCACUCGGCAAACCAGAGCCUGCCAGCUGUGCCGGUGCCCAUCAAGCCCACGCCUGCGCUACCACCCGUGACCACCCUGCCGCCGGCGUUGGCUGUCCCCACCGCGUCGCAGCAGCUGCCUGCUCCCUCCACCGUGUGCGCGGCCGCCGCCUCACCCACAGCCCCUCUCCUGGAGCCCAGCACAGCCGGCAGGGCUGACAGCAAAGGGGGCUCCCUGCACUCGGUGUUGGUGCAUUCCUAGGGGACCCCGCGACCCGUGAGAAGACACCAGUGGAGAGACUGAGACAACGGUCCUAGACCGAGAGGGUGCCCCAGAAAGGUCGGCAAACUUGGCAUUGAGCUAAAUGCUGCACUGGUCUGAAUAAAUGUAACUUCCUGGUGUCCGUGUUUAUA